AUGAACGUUAUUGGGUCGAUAUUUUUGCUGGCAAUCAUUUUUACGUUCUCCGAUGCGUACGCGAUUCGAUGCUUUGUUUUCAACUGUGACGACUCGGGGAGUGAUCAUACGAAAGAUCCUUCCCCAGCCGGGCCCUCAAUUGAAACACAACAUUUCGAAGACCACGAUCGACCAACAACUCAACAAAUUCUCGACGAGUUCCACGAUGAUCACUCAACACAGAAAGCUUUCCAUGUAGAAGAGGGCAGCGAUAGAACAACACAAUUGCAAGGUGAGAAGACGACUUCAGGAGUUUUCCUCAAAGAUCAGGAUAAAUCGACUCCUCUUGCAUUCGACAAAGAGCGCUCAACACCGGAGAAUAUCGUGAAAGAUUUCGAUCACACGAAAGACACCACCCAGCAUCCAUUCACGCGUAAAUUCAAUCGAAAGCAUUCAACCACGGAAAGCUCG